GCGGAACCGGAUGUGGCUUACGGCUCCGGUGCCUGGAGCGCUGGGGAAAUGGCCACAGGGACAGACCAGGUGGUGGGACUCGGCCUCGUCGCCGUUAGCCUGAUCAUCUUCACGUACUACACCACCUGGGUGAUUCUGUUGCCAUUCAUUGACAGUCAGCAUGUCAUCCACAAGUAUUUCCUGCCCCGGGCCUAUGCUGUUGCUAUCCCGCUGGCCGCCGGCCUCCUGCUGCUCCUCUUUGUGGGAGUGUUCAUCACCUCCGUGAUGCUGAAGAGCCAGAAGGUGACCAAAAAGGCUCAGUGAGGGCCUGGCCGAUAUAAGGCUGCGGCCCUUUCCGUUUCUUCGCCAGGGCAGACCCAGGCGGGGGGCCCACAGGACCCAUCCAGGCCCUGAGGCCCCCCUCAAGCCCAGCUGCCCUGAAGGCCCCCCCCGGCCCAAGGGGGACGGAGCUGUUCAGGACUCGCCCCCCAACUGCCCAGAGCCCCUCCCCUCCCCUCCUCCCCCUUCCAGAAGCCAGGAGGGAGGCGUCCCUGGAAGUCUCCCUCUCACCCCCUUCUGGCUCAGUGCCCGAAAGAUGCAGCUCAUCGCCCCUGCCCUCCGCCACCUUCGGACUCCCCGGCACUUUUCCCUGCGGGUCUACACUCUUGGCUCACUUCCCCACCUGUCACAUGCUGGUGUUGGACUUGGCAGGUUCUGGGCCAUCACAGGACCUCUCCCCACCAACCCUGCUCCUCCCCAAAGGCUGCUUUCCCAGGUCUGACAUAGGCCCAGGCCCUGCGAGGAUUUCUGGACCUGGAAAGCUUGGGGGGAGGCCUGACAGGCUGCCGGCACAUUAGGGCGGCCACGGUAGGGCCCCCCAUUGACUGCUUCUUGUGGAGGCCCAGCCCCCAGCCCCGUCUGUAGUGGGGGCGGGGGGGGGUACAACAAUAAACGUUGACGGUGUGUUU